AUGUGGUCACUCAAGCUGUCGAGUCUGCUCGCAGCAGCAGCAACGAUCCCCUUGUUGAGCACAGCAACGCCUCUUGCACCGAAACACGCGGUCGCUCGAAGAGAUGGAGUUAUCGCUCCUAAAUUCGUCAUCGUUAGCAUGUUCGCACCAGAAGCAGAAGUGUGGUGGGGCAUUGACGAGUUCGACCUCCUUGCACAAAACAUCACUGUGCCUGGUCUGUCACCAUUGUUUCCAGAGGUUCACUGCACAGCCGACGGCGAAAUCUGCCAGGUCAUCACUGGUGAAAGCGAGAUCAACGCUGCAUCUACAAUCUCGGCGUUCGUUUUGAGCCCAAAGUUUGACCUGACCAAGUCCUACUUUAUGGUGGCAGGAAUUGCGGGUGUUAACCCCGAGGUUGCCACAACGGGCUCUGUGACUUUUGCCCGAUACGCUGUCCAAGUCGCAUUGCAGUACGAAUUCGAUUAUCGUGACCUGCCCGACAAUUUUACCACCGGCUACAUUCCAUUCAACACGGACAACCCUGCUGAUUAUCCCGGGGAAGCGUAUGGCACUGAAGUCUUCGAGGUCAACCAGGCGCUGCGAGACAUUGCAUUUGACUUCGCCUCGACGGCCGUCCUCAACGACUCGGAAACCGCCCAGAUUUACCGAGCCAAAUAUGCGUCGGAUGCACUAUAUACGGCAGGAUCACAGGGACCUAGCGUGGUGGCCUGUGAUGUAGCCACCUCAGACGUCUACUACUCUGGCACGCUCCUGUCUGAAGCGUUCGAGAACACCACACGUAUCUGGACCAAUGGAACCGGAGUCUACUGCACGACAGCGCAAGAGGACAACGCCUCGCUCGAAGCCAUUCUCCGCGCGGACAAGGCAAACUUGACCGAUUACAGCCGGGUCAUCGUCAUGCGUACUGCGUCCGACUUUGACCGCCCACCACCUGGAGUCAGCCAGAUCCAGAACCUGUUGUAUGCCCACCAAGGCGGUUUCUCGCCCGCGAUCGCGAACAUCUACCUGGCCGGAGUCAAGGUCGUCCAGGGUAUCCUCGACGGCUGGGACACGCUUUUCGAGCAGGGCAUCACACCGAACAACUACGUGGGUGAUAUCUUCGCCACGCUGGGCGGGACUCCAGACUUUGGAAAGGAGGACUUCUUGAUCACCAAGAAGAGAGACCUCGCAGCAGCCGAGGAGCAGCAAGGAAAUCUGAGGAUGCGUAGGGCUCUGCAAAGCGCCAAAAGACAAGCCGCCGCGGCCGAAGCUUUAGGUCUUGAGUAUUAA